AUGGUAGUAGGACUCCGACAAAUCGCGAUAGCGUGCCUCGCCGGCUUCUGCGCCCCGGUAGCAGUGCUAGCUCAGGCCGGCACCACCCUUACCUUCGCCGAUGAAGCCAACGGCCAGGGUGGCUUGUUACUCGCCAGCCCCUCCGCACCACCGGCCAUCCUCAUCUCGGCCGAGGAGCUGGGCCCUGCCUCCCGCGCCGUCAAAGACCUCGCGGCGGACUUUGGCCGCGUCCUCGGCAAGAACGCCACCGUCACCACUGCCACCACGGUGCCUAAGAGUGGCGAUGCGCCCGCCAUCAUCAUCGGCACGCUCGGCAGCUCCGAGCUGAUCGACCAGCUAGUAAAGGAUGGACAGCUCGACGCUACUGCCAUCAGCGGCAAGUGGGAAGCGUACGCCUCCCAGAUCGUGACCGACGCCGAGGGCAAGCCCGUCGCGCUCGCCAUCGCCGGUAGCGACGUCCGCGGCACUAUCUUCGGCACCUACGACCUGUCGCAGCAGAUCGGCGUGUCACCUUGGCACUACUGGGCCGACGUCCCGCCCAAGAAGCGCCAGUACAUCUUCGCGCCGACCGUCUCCAAAGUCUACGGUUCCCCGUCGGUCAAGUACCGCGGCCUCUUCAUCAACGACGAGGCCCCCGCGCUCUCCAACUGGGUUACGGGGCGGUUUCCCAGGGGCAACGGCGGCAACUCCUUCACCUCGCCCUUCUACGCCCACGUCCUCGAGCUGCUGCUCCGCCUCAAGGGCAACUACUUCUGGCCGGCCAUGUGGGGCAAGAUGUUCUACUUGGACGACCCCCAGAACGGGCCGCUGGCGCACGAGUACGGCGUCUUCGCCGGCACCAGCCACCACGAGCCGAUGGCGAGGUCCGACGCCGAGCAGAGCCGCUACUGCCAGCCGUGGGACUGGACGCGGAACAAGGCCAACAUUCAAAAGUUCAUGACCGAGGGCGCCGCCCGCAGCAAAAACUGGGAGACCAUCUACACGCUGGGCAUGCGCGGGUCCGGCGACGCCGCCUCGCCGACGCUCAACGCCCAGACGCUCGAAGAGGUCAUCAAGUGGCAGCAGACGACGCUGGCGAGCACGGUGGGGAAGCCGCUCGGCGAGAUCCCGCAGGCGUGGGUCAUGUACAAGGAGGUGCCGGGCUACUGGCAGAAGGGCAUGGACGUGGGCGAGGACGUGACGCUGCUGUGGACGGACGACAACCGCGGCAACAUCCGGCGCAUCCCGACCGCCGAGGAGGCUAGCCGCAAGGGCGGCGCCGGCAUGUACUACCACUUUGACUAUGUCGGCUCGCCGCGCAACUACAAGUGGAUCAACACCAUCCAGCUGCAGAAGACUUGGGAGCAGAUGCACCUGGCGUACGAGAGGGAGAUCCGUAACACCUGGAUCGUCAACGUUGGCGACCUCAAGGCUUUGGAGCUGCCACUGGACCACUUCAUGGCCAUGGCGUAUGACAUGUCCAAGUUCAGCACCCCGGACAGCACCGGGUCCUACCUCGUCGACUGGGCCGCACAGCAGUUCACCACCGAGGUGGCCGAGACGACGGCGCAGAUCAUGACGACGUACGGCAUGCUGUGCGCGCGGCGCAAGUACGAGGACCUCAGCACGCAGUUCGGGUUCAGCACGUCCGAGUACGACGAGGCCGAGGCCAACAUGCAGGAGUGGCUGGGCCUGCUCGCCGUCGCCACCGAGACGCACGACAGCCUGCCCGACGACGCGACCAAGACGGCCUUCUGGGAGAUGGUGCUGCACCCGGUGCGGGCCGGCAAGAACGUCUUUGAAAUCUACACCAACGCGGCGCUCGGCCAGCGCUACGCCAACGAGAGGCGGCUGGCCACCAACGAGCUGGCGGACCGGGCGCGGGCGGCCUUUGAGGACGACAAGGCCCUCCAGAAGCAGUUCCACAGCAUCCUCGGCGGCAAGUGGAACCACAUGAUGGACCAGACGCACAUCGGGUACAACAACUGGCAGGAACCGGCAUCCAACUCGAUGCCGCGGCUGCCCACGCUCCCCGGCGGCGGGACCGGCUUCGGCGUCGGCAUCCAGGGCAGCGGCAGCACAACCUCUGGCAAGCUCACCACGGCACCCAUGACCCCCUUCAUGCCGCCCGCCGAAAAGCGCUGGAUCGAAGUCUUUCUCCGCGCCAAGGGCCGGCUGCAGUACACCAUCAAGGCCAACACCACUUUCGCCAACAUCACCAACGCCUCCGGCACCCUCACCGACACGGGCCCCUCCCAGCUCCGCAGCAUCAUCAACAUCGACUGGGCCUCGGCACCAGCAGGCCAGUCGGCCGUCGAACUGACCGUCACCUCGGGCUCCACCAACACCGCCGUCAUCAUCCCCCUGCACAACACCCCCGCACCACCCGCCUCCUUCACGGGCCACAUCGCCUCCAACGGCGUCGUCUCCAUCGAAGCCCACCACUUCACCCGCAUCCACCACCCCUCCCCCAGCACCUCCAACACCACCACCUACGCCACCAUCCCCUCCUACGGCCGCACCCAAGCCGGCAUCAAGCUCUGGCCCGUCACCACCCCGGCCCAACCCUCCAACUCCCCCAACACAGACUCCACAACCCCGUCCCUAAUCUACCGCUUCCACAUCCCCGCCCGCAGCACCCGCCUCCGCGUGACGCUCUACCUGUCCGCCUCGGAGAACGCCGACGUCGCCUCCCCGAACCGCUACACCCUCGCCCUCGACACCCGUCCCUCCGUUCUAGUACAGCCUACCCCCCUGUCAGCAGACGCGGGCGCCGAGCCGGCGGGGUGGUCGACGGCGGUGACGCGGAAUGCGUGGGUGACGGAGUCUGAUUUGGGCCAGGGGGGAGGGGGAGGGCAGUUGGAGGCGGGGGAGCAUGAGCUGGCGGUGAGGUUGUUGAAUCCGACGAUGGUGCUGACCAAGGUUGUGGUGGAUCUCGGGGGGUUGAGGGGGAGUGAGUUGGGGCCGCCGGAGAGUUUUCGGGUUGUUUAA